CUCAGUGCAGUAAAACCUCAGUCCCCUUCAUUCUUGCUAUGGAGAGAAGCACAGCUACAUCAUUUCAUAUUCUUGUGUGCUAAUUCUUAACCAAGCUGCCCGCUCUGCCCCAGCAACACUUUUUCAUUCACCUUAAACCUUACUUGAUAGUCACAAACCACACAAUGUCUGGGCACUGCCACCUUGCAUUAAUCCUGAUCUCCUUGGCAUCUUUUGGAGUGGCUGAUGAAGCCAUACAGUGCCCUCCUUGCUCACAGGAGAAGCUUAUUCGCUGUCUGGACCCUGUUGGGUGCCUGGAGCUGGUAAGAGAACCUGGGUGUGGUUGCUGUGCCACCUGCGCCCUCCAAAAAGGGAUGACAUGUGGGGUCUACACUGCCCGAUGUGGUUCAGGGCUUCGCUGUUACCCCACAAAAGGUUCUGAAAAGCCCCUGCAUACCCUUAUGAAUGGACAGGGGGUCUGCACCGAAAUCGGGGAGAUAGAAGCCAUACAGGGAACUUUUCCAACAGCAGCCGAGGAUGACUACCCAAAUGUCAGCUUAAAUCCGUGUCCUACAAACGACAAGAUCUGCAUCCAAAAAGAACAGGCAAAAGCAAACCGGAACACAAUGCACAGAAUGAAAAAGCAUUCUACGGGCGGCCAAAAGAUAGUAAACAAUCUACCUGUCCAAAUGGGUACAUGCCACAUGGCGUUGACUAUAGCAUUAGAUAGGUUGACAUCUCUAAGGACCAAGACACAGGAGGAUUUUCUAAGUUACCCAAUCCCAAAUUGUGACCGGGAUGGAAACUUCAACCCCAAGCAGUGCCAUCCAGCUCUUGAUGGACAACGUGGAAAAUGUUGGUGUGUUGAUCGGAGAACUGGGGUUGCACUGCCUGUGCCUUAUGAUCCUAAUCAUGAUCCAGACUGUCAAUUGACCUUAGAGCUCAUCAGAAAAUAGGGUCCAUGGAGGCUUCUCCACUUGAAAUCCAUCUCCCCACACACUAUUCUAAUAAAGGAGAUUUAGCAAGUGGGCACAUGCAAUCUUCUUAAUGUUGAAUCUAAAGAGACCACAUCACUCAUUCUUUGCCUGAGGAACCUUUUGAGGAACACAAUCUAGAUAAGCUGAAGUUAACUUAGGCAGAGAAAUUGACAUAUUAUUUGGGUGGGCUUUAGGGUAUUCAGGGGUUCUGGAGAAAAGGCAUUAUAUCGUUUUUUUAAACCUUAGGAGUCAAGAAUUUGGGAUAGCAUUUAGUGCAUUCAAGAAAAUCAGCUGAAACAAAGUAGUUGGGUUUAUUUUUUAGGAACUUUCGAUGAGCCAAUUGAAGUUGUGUAGAAGACGUGUGGAAAUACAGAAUGUGUAGCAUGAUGAGGUUUUGACUGCUUGUUCCUAUAUGAUUAGUAGAAUUUUGAAAGUGAAAUUUACGCAGUUGGUAUUUGAUUGCGUAAAACAUUUGCAUCCCAAAUCAUUGGACAUUUUAAGACUUUCUUAGCAACCAAGGGUGUCCCCAAAACAGCCUACUAAUGCCUCUUUUUGUAACUCAUCACAGACCACACCCCCUUUAUAAUUCAGCUAAAAUGACAGCCUUGUAUACAUUGUCAUUGAUGGUGGCACUCUUCAUCUAGAAAGGAAACAGGACAGAAUCAGAAACCCCCACAGAAGCAGAUUAGUCUGCAUAAAGUGUCAGUAUCAUUACAUUAAUAAAUGAUGGUCCAUCAGCAAGUAGGCUGGCUGAAAUUGAUAAAUUCUAUUAUUUGUAUAUUUUUUAAUACUCAUAAUUUAGAGUGCAUAUACGGUAGUGUAAACAAGGCAUGGAUCUCUCAUCACUCUACGAUGUCUUUACAUGCCUUAUCCUAUGGAUUAUGCCCAUUUGGUUAAUGGUAAUCCCGAAGUAGAUUCCAUAAAUAUUGUAAUGUUCAGUAGUUGUGUAACAUAUGUACUGAGGUUUGUAUUGUGAUAUAGGUAACAUGGGCCCUUGCCAGUACUACCUUCAUGCUAGUACGAUCUUCUGCUUAUGCUUUAUAGAGAAAAUUCCCUUUUUGAACAAAUUUUCUCAAUUAAAAUCUACACAAAACUUGAAUAAUUUAUCUGCACUAACUUAUCUAACUUUGUAACUCUCACCUGAGCUCCCACAAUGCACUGAUCCUUAAUAAUAAGAAUCCAUGUAUAGCUUUCUGUCUGAAAGGAGAGUGAAAACUAUAUCAAUAAAAAUCAUUACCAGAUAAUUAAAAUAUUUGCCAAGAUACUCAAAAUAUUAUUCAGAUUUGAACUGUAAAAAUGUUGUAUGUUGGAUAAGAGUGGUGUUUCCCUUUCAGGAGUGUACCACUGAUCAUGACCACCAUGACCAAGAUUUGUUUUUACAGUACUGUAAAGUUUUAGACAGGUGUGCAAAACAUGCUGCAAAGUAAGAACGCUUUCAAAAAUAGAAGUGAUAAUAGUUUAUUUUUAUUAAUUAACAAAAUGCAAAGUGAAUGGACAAUAGAGAAAUCUAAAUACAGUUAAUAGUGAUGAGACGAGCCCCGUUGAGGCAGGUCACCAUCGCGGCCUGCCAUUGGCUGAUCCCCCCGUCGCCGGAUGUUUUGAUCCAAGUGACGGGGAGAUGCAGCAGUGGCCAUGCAGGGAUCCGGAGCAGGUAAGUAUAAUUCAUGCAAGGGACCCGGGCAUUGGGGGAGAUAUUUUAGAUAUUGGAUAACCCCUUUAAGCAGAACUCUAUUUUUGCUGCUUCAUUCACACAGCUAUCAAGUGAAAAUUCUCCCUGUCUAGAGCAGCCACUAGGGGUAGAAGGACAGUUUUUCAUAAACUCCCUCUUGUGGUGGCUACAGGUAGCCACAUUUUUUUCAUGAAAAGGGUUGUCCGAAGGAAGGUUGUCUUUGUGAAAGCAUAGUCACCAACAGUCCCGGUAAUGGGGCAAAUCUAAGAAUGGAGAGGUGUGAUUUGUGCAAAUUUAAGUGGUUGAGGGGUUGGAACUGGGGAGUGCCUUAAAUGUCCUGGGAUUUGUUGGCAUCUGUGGUAAAAGCAGUUAAGAUAUUAAAAUAAUAAAAAAAAACCUCUAACAACCCAUUUAAAUUACAUGUCUGUGUAAGGAGGUAAUAAGCAUAACACACAAUGGAUCUCCGAUUACAAUAAAGAUAUGUAAGCAAAUAAAUCUGCACAGAAUUUUGGAUCUACACUCCUCAACAUAGAAUUUGCAACAACAAAAAAGAAAAGUCGUCGAACUAUGGCAAGCACAAGAUCGACAGACAUAAUAAUACUGUAAUAUGCAAAUGCUAAAAAAAAUGGAAAAAUAUUUAAAACAGCAUGAUUUAUUCAUGAGCACCACAUGCAGAAAUACACACACUUUGACAUGGUAUCAGUGACGUUAUAAUGGUUGUCCGAGGAAUGUUCUGCCAUGUCACGCAAAUCAUCAAGAUUUACUGCUGGCAGCUCCCUUUAUAAUUGCCGUCCAAUGACGUCCCAAGUGUGUUUGAUGGGAAAAGUUUGGAGACGCUGAAGACCAUGGUAACAUGUUUAGCCACAUCACUACUCAAAGUAGCAUGAGUAACAUAUGGCCUAGCAUUUCACUGUUGAAAAAUGGCUCCUUGGACACUUUGAAGAAAUGUCAAUACCUUUUGUUCCACGACCAAAUCAGAAUAAACCUGAGAUAUUAGUGUACCUGAAAUUAAUUCUAGGGGCUUCUGGCUACCGUACAUUAUGCCAUCACAUGCCAUAUCACCAGGAGCAGGACUGGUGUGACGUUCGUUUGUGAAGGCCUCUUUAUGGCAUUGCCCAUGUGGUCUCCAGACCAAUCUCUGGCUAUUACUGCAUCCAAGACUAAAGCAGGGCCUCUAUUCCAGACUCCAUUGCCUUCUAGUCUUUGACAGCUUGAGGUCAAUUGAACACCUGUAGCUGGAUAUCUGGCUCAAUCAGAGGUUCACCCCUGUGGACAUCUUGCUGUCAUGCCAGUUGAUUGCUUUUCUCCCAACCACUGGGACAUAAAAAAGGUUGAACAGUGCUGACAUCUCGAUCUAGGCACAUAGCUAACUGUCAGAGUGCUAAACCAAGGUCUCUCAGUUCAAGGAUUCUUUAUCUCUCAGUUUGCAACAAGUGGUGAUAACUGGCAUGCCGAUGAACAGGAGGCAUCACACAAUCAUCCCACACAAUUUGAUCAAAUUUUUUAGACUUCAUUUAAAAUACUUUGCUCUUAAUCUGAUUUUAUGCCUCUCCCACAUGCCACAGAUUGGAGCUAGGUGCUUAAAAUUUAAUAAUCUGCAGAUCUUAGCGACACAUGCUACUUCCUCGAUUUGUAUAAACUUAUGGCUUGUCCUUCUUGAUGUUGCAAUUUCAAUGUUGAGGAGUGUAUUUUGAUAAAAUGCUGUGUCAAGAUGAAUAUUGAGCAUGAAAUUACAUUACUGAAGAUCACCACUGCAACCUUAUACUUAUUAAUUCAUGUUUUCAGACAUCAAAUUGUAUAGCCUCCAACAAGAUACAUCCAACAGGAUGUUCAAGUUCAUGCUUGCACUCAUCUUCUUUCCUCAUGUAUUGUAUAAGGCACACAUUAUAAGCUUAGUGGGAGGGAGGGGUUAUUUUUAUAUGCAGCAAAUAGAGGAAGCAAUGCAAAUAGUGUCUGGAGUAGACUUAGUGUAAUAAGAUAUUUUUUAUAAUCUUACCAGUGGGAGAUGUGGGUCUGCAGAGUAGGCAGUAGGAAUUGAAUGGUGUUUAAUUUUUUUUCAGGGAGGAGUGACUCUAUAUGACUGACUAGUGAUUUCACAAUAAUUCCGUUCACCAGCCAACAAUAUGCACUGGGAGUGGUGAAUGGACUAUAUGAGUUUGGGAUUCUCUUUUCUUGGACCAAUCAAAUCUAUUGUCUGUUGUAUAAUGGUGACUGGUGAACUUUUAAUCAACACUGUAAUCAGUCUACCAACUCACUCCUCCCUAUUGCUUAGGAAAAUAAAGUGCAAAUGUAACUUAAAGAAAAUAUCCACUUUCUAAUGCUAUGUUGGUUAUUUAGGUUUAAAAUUCUGUGCUGAUUCAUUUCUUAAUAUAUCUUGAUAGUGAUGAGAAGUUUUUCUGAUCCUCAUCAUAGACAUAGAGUUAUAAUAUAAAAUUCUGGCUUCCGGUAAUCACCACUAGAGGGAGCCUAGUAGCUUAAUGUAUACAAUUAGUCUUCACUAAACCUCCUUGCUCCCUCUAGUGGUGAUUACAUAUAGUCAGGUGUUCAGCAUUUAAUUUCAUGUGUAUACAAAGGAUAUUUAGCUUUGUUUCAUUAAAAAAGAGCCCCGACUUCUAUAACACUAUGUAUAGCAAUAAGGCUACCCUUUAUGGCUAAUAUAGUCAAAGGUGGACAUUAACUUUAAGUAAUUUCUGUGUUUUGUUUUAAUGUUCUGGUGGGUUUCUCUGAAAUUGCAAUGUUAUUUCUGUGAAAAAUCUUCCUAUCACAUGAUCUACCAAGGUUAAAGUCUUCAUGGUAUACAGGAUAAUAUACAACUGCCUUCUCAACCAACCAAAGUUGGAGACAUUUGCAAGAAGAAGGGAAGCAUCACGACAAGGGUUAAUGUUGGCCUUUAAAAUGAUGUAGCAUUUUUUACAUAUCUAUUUGGUGUUAAAUGUGAAACCAAUAAACACACUGAUGUUUCCA